AUGUCAAAAAGCAAUCUUGCGAUUUUCCUCAUAAUUGCACUUAUCAUCACGAUAUUAAAUGCCUCGCCCGUUCCACAUGAUUUGAGCCUACGAAAACGACAAGAUUUGGGCACCGUUGAAAUUGAAAUUGCCGCAAUAUCAUCAACCGCGCAAAUUCAAAAUCCCGCCCCGACAAAUGUGCCAAAUGGUGGUCGUACUUCGGACAAAGGCUCAUCUCCGACACCAACCGCCCAACAACCACCUGUAACUUCAUCCAAAGACUCUCCCGAUUCUACCAACUCUCCCUCUGACAAUCAGCCAUCUGACAAUCAACCCUCUGACAACCCUGACAACUCUAACAAUCAACCCACCAGUUCUAACCACCAAAGCAGUAAAAAAGCCGCCACCAAAAAUCAACCCGCUGACAACGCUGCCACUAAUGAUAACCAACCUACCGACAGUUCUCCAGACAAUUCACCAACUCCUACCACGACUAAUAAUCCUAAAGCUAAAUCAAUAACCAGUGUUAUUCCGGGUAGCACCAAAAGAAUUACCACUACAGAUGCUAACGGCCAUCAAACUGUGUUAGAAACCGUGGUGCCUCCCAGCACCGUCGUGGUCGUCGCAGUCACAGGUCAAUCAAAUAGUACUAGUUCGGAUGACGAUAAUGGGGCUUCGUCAAACGGU